AUGUCAUCUUCUGGCAAAGACAACAGCGCACACUAUAUGAACUAUGUGGGACCUUAUCGUUUGGAAAAGACCCUCGGCAAAGGACAGACAGGCCUGGUGAAGCUGGGAAUCCACUGUGUCACGUGUCAGAAAGUGGCCAUCAAGAUCGUCAACAGGGAGAAACUCAGCGAGUCUGUCCUCAUGAAGGUGGAGCGAGAGAUAGCCAUUCUGAAACUCAUAGAGCACCCUCACGUUUUAAAGUUGCACGACGUCUACGAAAACAAGAAAUACUUGUAUCUGGUGCUAGAGCAUGUGUCAGGAGGAGAGCUGUUUGACUACCUGGUCAAGAAGGGACGGUUAACGCCCAAGGAGGCCAGGAAGUUCUUCAGACAGAUCAUCUCAGCUCUGGACUUCUGCCACAGUCACUCCAUAUGUCACAGAGAUCUGAAGCCAGAGAACCUGUUGUUAGAUGAAAAGAACAACAUCAGGAUAGCAGACUUUGGCAUGGCGUCUCUGCAGGUCGGGGAUAGUCUGCUGGAGACCAGCUGCGGAUCUCCUCACUAUGCCUGCCCAGAGGUCAUAAGGGGGGAGAAGUACGACGGGAGGAAAGCAGACGUGUGGAGCUGCGGGGUCAUCCUCUUUGCACUUUUAGUGGGCGCCCUGCCAUUUGACGAUGACAACCUGAGAAACCUGCUGGAGAAAGUGAAGUUGGGCGUUUUCCACAUGCCCCACUUCAUCCCCCCGGACUGUCAGAACCUCCUUCGGGGCAUGAUCGAGGUGGACGCCACUAAGAGACUCACGUUAGAGCAGAUCCAGAAGCACAACUGGUACAUAGCUGGGAAGAACGAGCCUGAGCCGGAGCAGCCUGUCCCCAGGAAGGUGGCCAUCAGAACCCUGAGCACUGAAGAGAUAGACCCGGACGUCCUGGAGAGCAUGCACUCUCUGGGUUGCUUCAGAGACAAGGGCAAACUCACCAAAGACCUGCUCUCUGACGAUGAUAACCAGGAGAAGAUGAUCUACUUCCUGCUGCUGGACCGGAAGGAGAGGUACCCCAGUCAGGAGGACCAGAACCUCCCCCCGCGCAGUGAGAUUGCUGACCCGCCCAGGAAGCGGGUGGACUCCCCCAUGUUGAACCGCCAUGGGAAGAGGAGGCCGGAGAGGAAGUCUAUGGAGGUGCUGAGCGUCACAGAGGGGGGCUCUCCUGUACCCGUACGACGAGCCAUCGACAUGGCAACACAUGGACAGAGGUCACGGUCUAUCAGCGGAGCAUCCUCCGGUCUCUCCACUAGUCCUCUCAGCAGUCCCAGGGUGACUCCCCACCCCUCUCCGCGGGGGAGCCCCCUCCCUACCCCCAAGGGCACUCCGGUGCACACGCCCAAGGAGAGCCCGGCGGGCACCCCUAGCCCCACGCCGCCCCCCAGCCCCUCCAUCGGCGGGUUGCCCUGGAGGACGCGUCUCAACUCCAUCAAGAAUAGCUUCCUGGGCUCGCCGCGCUUCCAUCGCAGGAAAAUGCAAGUUCCCACCCAGGAGGACAUGUCCAGCCUCACGCCAGACUCUUCACCAGAGCUUGCCAAGAAGUCGUGGUUUGGUAACUUCAUCAACCUGGAGAAAGAGGAGCAGAUCUUUGUGGUGAUCAGAGACAAGCCUCUCAGCUCCAUCAAAGCAGACAUCGUUCACGCCUUCCUCUCUAUCCCCAGUCUGAGCCACAGUGUGAUCAGUCAGACAAGUUUCCGGGCAGAGUAUAAGUCUACAGCCGGCCCUACAGUGUUUCAGAAGCCGGUCAAGUUCCAGGUGGACAUCACCUAUACAGAGAGCACCGCCGCCACCAAAGAGAACGGCAUCUAUUCGGUCACCUUCACCCUGCUCUCAGGUCCCAGCCGCCGUUUCAAGCGUGUGGUUGAGACCAUUCAGGCUCAACUGAUGAGCUCACAUGACCAGCCCGGGGUCCAGCAGAUCUCUGGGAUCAUCACUAAAACCUAUUAGAGAAACAAGAUGGAGGACAGUGUGUGUGUCCCAACCUGGGGCACUUUGUCAACAACGGGAGUAAGUGAGCCAGAGACGGAGGACAAGAGAAAGACUUCACAUACUUCACACUGCUGUCCCCCUCCUCCCCAUGCACCCCUCCUGCUUUCCACCCGCACACACACACACACAUAUGCUAAACAUUAGAGUAUUAGAGACUCUCUCUUCACCAUGACAGACACCCAGAGACAUAUUAGCCGAAGAGUUGGAGAAAAGCCUUAAAAAGACUGAUGUUUGUCAAACCUAUACUAUACGCAUCACCUCUCCUCCUUUCUCUCCUCAUUGUCUAUCCUCCUACACACACACACACACACACACUGGGGGGGAUGUAAAGACUUGUGCACAAAGACGAAUGGAAGUAGAACCACUGGCUCCUAUGAAAGUUGGAGAGAGGAGGCGCGACUCUUGGACGUUGGAUGGACGUUGGCUAAACGUUGGCUAAACUUUGGCUGGAUUGUAAUUCUUUUAAAUGUAGUCCUUCUUUGUGAGCUACAGCAUUUGAACACUUUAGACGUAUUCAGACUCUGUGUCAUUGCUGUAAAUGAAAUGAAAUGGAGUUAAUUGACUUUGGGUGGGCAAUGGGGAGGGAGGGUACACAAAUGAAUGAUCUAUUCUGUUGUACAGACUAACUACAGUAUGUUCCCAUAUGUACACCGUUUGUGUAGUUGUGACAUUAUGUUUAGCUAAGAACGUAUCGCUAUCUUCUGUGUUUUCUACUUUUUGGAUGUGUUUUAUCGAUUAAAUGUUGUAGGGAUGAAUAAUUUCAGGGUUUAAUUUUCUUCCAUUUUGUCUUGUUCAUGUUCCUUUGAAAUAUCUGCAGGAUUCAGACAAUAGUGGACAUAAUUAUUGUGUAUAUUUGUGUACCUUAUUGUAUUUUUUUUGUCAUGUUUGUUUUAAUUUAUUCUGGGUUAUUUAUAUAAAUGAUGUAGAAAAUGUAUCAGAUAAUUUAAGGAUUGUUUUUGUCAUGUUUUAAUUUAUUGAUCAUUGAUCAUUCUCUAAAUGUUUUUGUGAACAUUCAUUCUUUCCCAGCUUCGAUGAGAAAGCUUGUAAUAUAUACAUUUGGAAAAUGAUUUACGGUAAUUUAAGAAUGUAGACUAGUCUCUUUGAGAGGAAUGAGCCCUCUGUUGAUAAUAAUUGUGCGUUCCUCCUCGUUGUGUGUGUACGACAUCAAAGACAUCACUCCAGCCACUCGCCUUGUAAAUACAAAACAAUUUGCUGACAAACUUAUUUUUAAAAAACAAGGGGAUUCCUACUCUUAGCUUUUACCUUGUAAUGUCGUUUGCAUGUCCAACAUUUGUCUUUUCUUUGCAUGUAGUUGUUGGAAUUGUUCUGUCCCUUUUUCCCCCUUCUUUCUUUCUUUCUUUCUUUCUUUCGUUCUUUCUUUCUUUCCUGUCUCUUAAUUUGUUUCUCUUAUUUUUCUUUUCUCUCUCACCACUUCGGUUGUUUGUUCGUCUUUGAGUUCUUUCUCGCACCCUCCCCUCUACUUCCUUAUACUAUUGUGCACAUUUACCGUGCAAUGCAUCCUCUGCACACACACACACACACACACACACACACACACACACACACACACACACACACACACACACACACACACACACACACACACACACACACACACACACACACACACACACACAGAGUCUCUCUCAAAGAGAGACCCGAUACUCUGGUCACGAAUUCUGUCUGGGGUGGGAGUUGGUAUCAGAAGAGAUAAAAUAAAGCAAUACCUAUUAGUGUUAUUCUUUCUAUUUUGUACUAUUGGGUAACCAGGCCACACGGGAUGAUGGACAUACAGUAGAACAACGCCAGGAGCGCUGGUAUUUAGCAGGAAACCACUGGCAAUGUAUCCCCUUGUGACAUAACUGUGAACAACUUCAGUGCAAAAGGAAAUAAAUCUGUUGACU